AUGUUGAGUGUGAUUUUAAGAAGAAGCGCCUCAAAAAGUAUUGCAAUUAGAGGCGGUCAUGGAUGGGAUAGACCAGACGUACCUCUGACAAUUGCAUAUCAACAUAAAAGGAGAAUGGAUGUUUUUGAUACAAAUUUAUGGUUUUAUUGUGGAGUGAUGCCUGAAUACUUUAUCAAUUAGAAUGAGGGAUAUUUGAAUUCUGCUUAAAAUGCCAUUAAAUAUUUGAUACUAGAUUCGAAAUAUAUAUUUGCAGCUUUUGCAGCGAUUUUUUUCACAUAUGAAGUAUUCUAUGAAGCAAGAUUCUGGAACAUCCAACCAGAUUAUUUGAAAAACCCUAUAGUCAACUACCCGAGAAAGGUGUAAUAAGAGAGAUCUUUCUUAGUUAAGCAUUUCUUAGACUUAAGUAUUACAGGUGAUAUGGGCAUGUAAAGAAUGAAUCCAGGGGAAAAGAGUUUCGCAACUGAACUAUUGGAGACUUAUGAAGAAUAAAAUAAACACAUUCAACUCAUGAAUUUGGAAGGCAAGACAUAUAUUGAAAGAGUUGAAGCUGAAUCUAGACAAGCCGUAGCUAGAAGACAUGGAUAAGUUGAAGCUCAUCACCAUCAUCAUUGAUAUGAAUCAUAUUAAAUAAUCAAAGGAAAAUUAUCUUUUUGUUAUGAUAAUAAGUA